GUUUGCUCAUUAUUUAGGGUAAUUAUUUCAACCUCAAUCUUCCUUAAUUUCUAUUUUUAUCCUUAGUGGGACGGCGUCGUUCCACAACAGAUUCCUUUUUCUUCCUCAAUAAAUUCCAGCUUAGCGUGCAGAAUAUCAAUCCCUUUUAAAAUGUAACCGAAUACGACAAGGCAAGGAAAUAAAUCACAUUCAUAUUACAAAAUUUCACAGCCCUAACCCUAAAUUUUAACACACAUAAGAGAUCUAUAAAAUCACGUCUCUUUCUCUCCCUUUUUUCACAUCAAUCCGUCCCCAAAAAGGUUUUGUUCUUGCGUUCUAAUCCCUAAUUCCUUUCCGCCGCUCGUCUACCAGAUUUGCGAUUUUCUUUUCCUCUGCAAAUUCCCUUUUUUCCUGUUCGUCCUCAAUUGUCUGAAAAACAAAACGAUUCCUUUGUGAAUGGUGGAAAUUUCAAGCGCGAAAUUAAUGGUCAUCCCUUCUUCUUCUUCAAGAAGGGGGAUUUCGAUUUUGGUCGCCCACUCGUUCUGCUUCGGCUCGUGCAUGGUGGGCUGGUACUACCGCUGCCUAGGCCUCGACCCGUGAACCAAUCGAUCGUAAUUUUCCCGAUUGUUAUUGCAAUUUUCUUGAUUUUGAAUUACUUGAUUGCGUUUUUGCUUUCAAUUUCGAAUUUUUUUGCCCUGUCUCGUUUGAAAAAGAAGAAAAUAAAUCGAAAAAAAGGAAAAUCGGAGAAAAAAAAAAUGUUGCUGAAGCAGAAGAAGAAUCAGCCCUUGAAGGGAAACAGGUUUUUGAUUAGCGUUACUGUUCUGGGGAGUGCCGGGCCUAUUAGAUUCGUGGUUAACGAGGACGAGGUUGUGGCUGCGGUGAUUGAUACUGCUUUGAAAUCGUAUGCGCGCGAAGGGAGGCUUCCUAUUCUCGGAUCAGAUCUCAACAAUUUUAUCUUGUAUUGCCCUGUUUCUGGAACUGAAGCGCUUAGUCCAUGGGAGACAAUUGGGUCAUUUGGUCUGCGCAAUUUCAUGCUCUGCAAGAAGCCUCAAACAGAAAACUCCAUUGGUGGCAGUGUCAAAUCAUCUGCUCCCAUUGCAAUUAAUAGGAAAGGGUCUGGAAGUUGGAGGGCUUGGUUUAAUAAAUCUCUCAAUCUGAAGAUAUCUUCUCAUUGAAAGGAAAUAUUAUUUCUUGAUCUUUUGUGGGAACUCUCAACUUGUGUUUAGGAUGAUUGUUUUUCUUGUGAUGUUUUGAGUUUUUGUGUUUGGUCACGGAUACCUCGUGGUGAAUAAUCCAAGACCGUUGUGGUUUUGAGGGUUUAAUAAAGUGUUUGUCGUUUGCUUUUGUCUUUCAUAUGAUUUUUAAUGCCUCACAUGGAGAUUUUGUGAGAACAAUAUUUGUCUAUUUGAAGAUCACCUUGUUCUAUGGGGAUUAGAGAUUUAUGAUUAUUUUUUAUAUGUUUUUAAGGUUAUUGUGAAGUUGAUUGUUUGCUCGAGGAGUAAUUGCAGGUUUGACUCCUAUUUGGUUGCUCUUGUUGAGUUGUUGAUAUGAAUGUUUAAUGUUAUGUAUGAUGUUUGUGGGUCUGAAUUAAUGAUCAAG